AUGAGGCCGGUGCUGCCGGGUGUGCACGGUGCUGCUCUGCGCUCCCUGAUUUCUUCCUGUCUCCAGCACUCCAGGGUGGACCCCGAGGAGCUGUUCACCAAGCUGGAGCGCAUCGGCAAGGGGUCCUUCGGGGAGGUGUACAAGGGUAUCGACAACCGCACCAAGGAGGUGGUGGCCAUCAAGAUCAUCGACCUGGAGGAGGCCGAGGAUGAAAUCGAGGAGAUUCAGCAGCAGAUUACAGCGCUCAGCCAGUGCGAUAGUCCCUACAUCACCCGAUACUACGGCUCCUACCUGAAGGGCACGAAACUGUGGAUCAUCAUGGAAUACCUGGGAGGAGGUUCAGCCCUGGAUUUGCUGAAGCCUGGGCCCCUGGAAGAGACUUACAUAGCUACUAUCCUACGGGAAAUCCUGAAGGGCCUGGACUACCUACACUCGGAGAGGAAGAUCCACAGGGACAUCAAAGCUGCCAACGUGCUGCUUUCGGAGCAAGGAGAUGUGAAACUGGCCGACUUUGGCGUGGCUGGGCAGCUCACAGACACCCAGAUCAAGAGAAACACCUUUGUGGGGACUCCGUUCUGGAUGGCGCCAGAGGUCAUCAAACAGUCUGCUUACGACUUCAAGGCAGAUAUCUGGUCCCUUGGAAUCACAGCCAUUGAACUAGCAAAGGGAGAGCCCCCGAAUUCUGACUUGCAUCCUAUGAGGGUUCUCUUCCUGAUCCCCAAAAAUAACCCUCCGACGCUGGAGGGACAUCACAGCAAGCCCUUCAAGGAGUUCGUGGAAGCCUGCCUCAAUAAGGAUCCGAGAUUUAGGCCGACGGCUAAAGAGUUGCUGAAGCACAAGUUCAUCACGCGCUACACCAAGAAAACCUCAUUCCUCAUGGAGCUGAUCGACCGCUUCAAGCGCUGGAAGUCCGAGGGCCACGGGGAGGAUUCCAGUUCUGGUGACUCUGACAUUGAUGGAGACACAGAAGAUGGAGACCAGGGUCCAAUCUGGACGUUCCCACCAACUAUUCGCCCCAACUCCUUGGGCAAACUGCACAAAGGAAUGGCUCUUCACAGUUCCCAGAAGCCUACAGAGCCCAUCAAGAGGCAGCCACGGUCGCAGUGUCUCUCCACACUCGUUCACCCGGUGUUCGGGGAGCUUAAGGACAAGCACAAGCAGACCGGAGGCAACGUGGGAGCCAUGGAGGAGCUGGAAAAUGCCUUCAGCUUGGCCGAGGAGUCCUGCCCAGGCAUCUCUGACAAACUCAUAGCACACAUGGUGGAGCGGGUGCAGAGGUUUUCACACAGUCGGAACCACCUGACUUCUGCCCGCUGACACCCACAUUCCCUGCUGCUGUUUUGAGGAGGGGAGAAAGGAUUUUUCUUUUUUUGUUUCUUUUUGUUGUCCCAGCUUCAUAAGAGCUACACAUGAAACCCGACCACCAUCUGCUGUUGGAUAUAACAUGGUGUUACGGACUCCAGGACAUUUCAGAGCCUUCAUGUACACGUGUUUCCAUGAUAACCCAGGGUGGGGUUUGCAAUGCAAGUACAAUUUAGACCUUUUGCAGAGCCCGAGACGGGCGGUCUAAUUGUUUUUACAAUGUACUCAAUGCCGUUUUUAAUUGUUUCCCUCUGGAUGUAUCCAGUUUGGCUUGGUUUGGUUCACAGCUUAUUCUAGGUAAACGCCUGGAGCUGCUUCUCUUCAGCUACGUUUUCAAAGGCAACUCUGAUGCCGGGUUCAGCCUCCUGCCCUUCCCCACGGAGCGUGUGGGAGCAGCA